UUCCUUUUUUUUUUUUUUUUUUCAUCCUUUCUCUUCUGCUUCUUCGUCGUCGCCGUCGUUGCCCAGCUUUUGCCCUGCAUACUACGUUCCGUCGCCGGGCUGGACGCGCCUCACGCGUCGGACGCGACCCUCUCACAUAUCCCUUUCUGGCGAUGCGCCGGGCACGUUGUUCUAGUCAUCGAAUAGGCUGCAAAGCAAGGGCUGGCCUCCUAGCUACCCGAAAUGGAACGAUCUUCCUCACUUUCUUUGACCGUUGCGAAGUCGCCAUAGCCUGUCUCAAACCUCCACCAUUUUCAAUGCACCGCGCACGCGUCCAAUUGACCCACCCCAUGUCACGAAAUGCUCUGCAAGGCACAAUCUUCUCCGCCACCCCGCCAGCGGGAGAAGGUUGGUCGUCUUGUAUAAAUCUUUUUGACUGCCGCCCCCGAUUUGCCUUCCCAUCCAUCACCCUCACACUCACUGGUCGUGCACGAGCAUUCACCUUCACUUUUGGGUGCUCAGUAUGCGUUUCGCUCGUUCCACCCUGACGGCUUUGGCCGU